GGGGCGAUGUUGACGAAGACAAGGCGUGGUUUGGAAACUUUGCGGCCCAUCCGUCAAGGCGUCAGGCCCAGGCGCCCAGCCCAUAAAUUUAUUUUGCAGAACGCCCCCUUGAAGCCCAGAGUUUUCCAGAAAUGCCCAGCCUCCUGCCUCCCACUCGCUCCACUGUUCGCGGGACAGAGGUGCACAUUGCUAGGGUCCAGAAAUUCCCCAAUUCCUCGGGCGUUUCCGCUUCCUCGUCUUCUUCCUCGGCGCCGAUCAGCUACGACGUCGUCGAUCCCGACCAUCUCCGGCAGCUGGUUGCUCUCGGUGGCAUGGACAUGGACUGCUUCAAGAGGUGCGCGGGCGCGGUGGCCAGCCUCCCUGACGACCCCCUGGCGGAGAUCCUCUCCCGCGUCCCUGCCAAGUCCGUCUGCCGGUUCAAGUGCGUGUCCAAGGCCUGGCGCGACCUCAUCGCCGACCCCCUCCACCGCAAGAAGCUCCCCCAGACCCUGGAAGGGUUCUUCUUCGAUAGCGACAGAUGCGGCGACGACAGCGUCAGCAAGGACGGGGAUUGCGAAGAUAGCAGCAACGAUGGAGGCGGCGGCAGCGGCGACAACUGGCCACGCUUGUAUGGGCAUUUCGUCGCAGUGAGAACAUCAGGCUCUUGCACUACUGCAAUGGCCUCCUCCUCUUUGGCCGCCCCUGCAAUUCGGACACCUCAGUGAGCUACAUUGUGUGCAACCCCGCCACUGAGCAAUGGGUGGCCGUAACCAGUUCUGGCCGGACAAGUUCUCUUAUUGCUUGCUAGAUGUACGUUCACUUAUUUGACUUUUGAUCCAGCCAACGAUUCUUGCUUCCAUUUGGUCCAAUUCUGGAUGGAGAUCGGCGACAGAUCAGUGCACACCUACUCAUCAAAAACUGGGGCGUGGAGUCACAAGAAGUGUGACUGGGGUUACUAUCGCAUAGCACCAAACUCACCCAAUGCAUAUGUUAAUGGCAUGCUGCAUCUUGUAUGAGGGAAAGGAUCAGUUAGUUUCAGUUGAUGUGGAAGGGAACAUACAGAAGAUCAUCCCUCCACCAGUUCAGGCGGGCGAGGACUGGCCGUUGUCUGAUUAUGUUGGGCAAUCCCAAGGGCGCUUGCACUACAUAUAUCUUCAACAAGAAAUGUUUGAUCUUGGUUGUAAAGAAGGGAGGAGAAAUGAAUUAAUCUGGGUUCUUGAGGACUAUGAUACAAAACAAUGGGUCCUGAAGGACACUGUAAGCUUUUUUCAUCUGUUUGGGAAGAGGAGUUGCCAAGUAUUCAAAGACUACAAUGUGGUUGCAAUUCACCCAGAUCACAAUUUGGUUUAUCUUGUUCAGCACUGUAACAG